CUUUACUCACGUCAGUUAGCCUAUUUUUUAUGCGGGCCUUACAAAAAAGGGUUGGGUUAUUUCGGUAAUAUAUUCAACCAACCCCAAUCCUUUUACCUAUUUAACAUUUUUAGAAGAUUUCACAAAACCGUUAUCGCUUAGUUUUUCGACUUUUUCGGAAAUAUUUUAGCUGAUGAAUUAGUAGUUGUUGUUCUUGUUUCUUUAGUACCUUUAGUAGUUCCUAUACCUGUCAUGUUCCUUGGAUUAUUUACAAGCGGUAUUCAAGCUCUUAUUUUUGCAACCCUAGCUGCGGCUUAUAUAGGCGAGUCCAUGGAAGGUCAUCAUUGACUAGUUUCCGACGCAGUUUUUUUUAGCUUAGCCUGACGCAAUGUAUGCGCCGUUUAAGGUAAUCCACUUAGGGAAGUAUAAAUAUAAGGUAUAAAUAAAGAUAUAAACGAUCUAGAGUAAUUGUAAAAAAGGUACGAUAUUUUUGAGUUGUAAAAAAACAAAUGGAUUGGUUUGCGUAGGAAGGGGGGGUCGAGCUAGGUGUAUAUAAUCUAAUCGCUAUAAGACAACUCUUGUGAAUCUUUCGAAGAAUGAUUCGAGAAUCCCGAUGACUUUAAGAUACUAAUAUUUGGUUUACGGUUUGGGGGAAAACAUGUAUAUGUGAUAUUAGACAUUAACUAGGUAUAUAUGAACUAAAGAUAUAUCUAAUUUGUCUUACUAUUGUGAAUUUAGAUAGGGAUUUCAAUAGAAGCCUUUCCGUUUCGUCUGUUAUUGUGAAUUGAAUAUUGGUUGAUUGUAUCAUUAACUAUUUCUUUAUUUUUGUUUUGGCACGAGGAAAACUUAUCAUGAAUCCACUGAUUUCUGCCGCUUCCGUUAUUGCUGCUGGAUUGGCUGUCGGGCUUGCUUCUAUUGGACCUGGGGUUGGUCAAGGUACUGCUGCGGGACAGGCUGUAGAAGGGAUCGCGAGACAACCAGAGGCGGAAGGAAAAAUACGGGGUACUUUAUUGCUUAGUCUAGCUUUCAUGGAAGCUUUAACAAUUUAUGGGCUGGUUGUAGCAUUAGCUCUUUUAUUUGCGAAUCCUUUUGUUUAAUCCUAAAAACACAUAUUUUUGUUUAUUUCCGUGGAUUUGCUGCUCUUGUUUUUUUCAAAUUCUUUUUAAUAUUUAACUUCUACAAUUAAAUUACUUAGGAACAACAACCCACGGAAAUCGCCGGUUUGAGGAUGAGGAUACAACUCAUUUUUUCCUU